AUGAUGGAAGAAGUGGAGGAGGAUGAUGAGAAGACCAUCAUGUUCCAAUCCUCCAUGAAGAAGACAGGUCUGAAGAAGGAGUGUGUAAUUGCAGGCGUGAACGAGAGGUGGGAGGAGCUGGAAAGCGACGAGUUCUCCAUGUGUCCAGCCCCUCCUCCUCGUUUUACCGCAGCAGAUGCCCACUGUGGCCGCGUGCGUACGACGCGCUAUGCUGUGCAGAGGAUGGGUCAGCAGCGUGCUGAGUCAAUUCGGAGAUCCUUAGUGAUCCUCAGCUUCUCGGAGAUGCAGCCAGCUGUGACACACGCGAACCUCCGCGCCUGCGAGGGUGUUGAGGUUUCUGGCGUGCAGGCUGGCAGCCAGUCCGCCUUCGCAGCUUUGAUGGAGCGUGUAUCAGCCGGCCGGACCAUGGUGAGACGUGAGGAAGGGCCGAAGCAAGCUGUGGCAUCAUUGAUUGCCUCGGGCGAAGGAUCGGGCCCGAUCUACGUUCUUUGCUUCAAGAACGAAGGUCCGCAUCGGAUCAAUUCUCACGAAGGCGGUUGGAAGAACCCAGAACAGUGCAAAGACUUUACAAAAGGAAAGCCAAGGUUACCGGAUGCUGCAAAAGGCGAGGUGAUCUUUGGGCUGGAAUGGCCGGAGGGGCAGGCUACCGCGGGUCAGGCCCAGUGCAUGCCUAUCUACACCGAACAACGUAUCGACGAACUGCUGAAACUGGGACAUGCUCACGAGUCUGAGUGCCGGAAAGAGUCCUGGCACAACAAUCCUCUCGGAGGCGCCCAUCGACUGGCAGUCUACGUCUACGUCCCUGGUUGA